CACUGUGGCCGGGGUCCACACACGAUGCGAUAACGCUGAGCAGCAAAUGCUGAACCGUGAUUUGGUACCUUGGCCUUGAUUGUCGAUAUUCCUUCUGCACCAAAUCUAAAAUCUCUCGCUAUAACAUGCUAAGCGUGUUGAUCGUGCACGCAAUGUCAAAUGCGGAGACCGUGUGCAAGAUUUCGGAGACAUAAUCCUUCCGUGUGCUGUUACGUUUGGCAUGGGGAGAAGGCAUCAGGCGUGAGGAAGGGGCUGUAAGUCAUCGAGAAGCCUUCCUGGACCUUUGGGAGAAUAAUGACUGAGAGCUCCUUCCAUAUGUUGUCAGCACAGACGGCCAUAGAGAGGGACAUCCCUCCGCUCCCGUUCGCCGUAGACGACUACUGGCAGCAAGUCAAACAGCAGCCUUGCGACCAGUUCGCCGUCUUGUGGGCCAUCCGCUGGCUCCUCCACAUCGGGACCGAGUCGAAUCUCGCACGCCAAUGGGCAGAAGUCCAGAUCAUGAGCGAUCCCUGGUACUUGGAAGAGGCUAUGGACCAAUUGGGCUCCUUCGCCUUGGAAGCGGACGAGCGCGACCGCCUCGACGACCCCCACGUCUUCAGUAACUCCGGUCUAGUCACUGUGCUCAUGACUCCAGUGGAUGAGGACGUGCAGAUUCUCCCCAGCGAACCACUUCUGGGCCGAGUCCGAUCUCCAACCCGCCGAGAUGCGCGAGAAGAACGCUGCCCUUUGGGCUAUCCGGUGGCCGGUCCACGUAGACGACCAGGCCAAAGCAAAGUACGACGAGAUCAGCGCCCAGAUCGCCAACAGCACGUUAAAACCAGCACGAGCUCGCACAGCAGAUGGAGUCCCUUGGUCGAGAUGCGCUCGCAGAGCUGGAAUGCCUUGAUCCGCUCCCCUUCGAGAGCUCGUACCUGCUAAGCGCGCUGAUGACCGAGAUGGAUGACGAGGUCGAUGUGCUUUCCAAGCAGACGCACAAGUUGUGGAUGGACCCGAGCACGGCCAUAUCUAUGGUCGAGGGCAAGAUUGUCGGCGUAAGCAUAGAUGCUCUGAUCAGCCACAUGGUAGCGAUGGGCUUAGCAGAGAAGGAGGAACGGAUGGAUACAACCAACUAAGGCUAGAGCAGCAUCCGAACAGGGCGAUGGCAUGGCACGGAACGACACAUUAUCUUAGCUAGACAAGUACUUGGCGCAGCAAGGGACUAAUAUAGUGGUCGUAUGGAGGCCAGGAUUAGCAGCAG